AGGUGGGUGGUAACGCGGUAACCAGGCGACAUCUCUGCCCCCGACUGGCGAGCAUGUGAGCUGCAGAAGCUGUCAAAUUCUCACGCCUUAGUUCUCUCUCCCUACACCUUCCAAAAGGCUUUGAGGAGGUGGUGUUGGAAUGCCUGUGCCACCGUUGCCGGGGCGACGACUUGGUUACUUCCGUUGGUCUCAAUGCUUCCGGGUUGGCAUUGCGGUGGCGUUUCCGACUGUGGGAGCCUCGGCUUCCCAGUCGUCCGAUGAGCCCGAGCAGCUGAGUCCCUUCCCUGUCUUUCACUCUUCUGGCAUCGGUGGUUUUACUUCUUCGAUUGAACCCUGCUUCCUCGACCCCCUUGGGAGGCCGCCUUCUUCAGGCGCCUCCCUUCUCUCCACGAACUCGCUCUGACAGCUGAGGAACUGGCAAGAUCCUGCUACCCAGAGGGUGAAUGGCACCAGAAAAGUGCCACUGUAAGCCAUGAGAUGUCUGGUCUGAAUUGGAAACCCUUUGUAUAUGGCGGCCUUGCCUCUAUUGUUGCUGAGUUUGGAACGUUCCCUGUGGACUUGACCAAAACGCGACUUCAAGUUCAAGGCCAAAGCAUUGAUGUUCGCUUUAAAGAGAUAAAAUACCGAGGAAUGUUUCAUGCCUUGUUCCGCAUCUAUAAAGAAGAAGGUGUAUUGGCUCUGUAUUCUGGAAUUGCCCCUGCCUUACUAAGACAGGCAUCAUAUGGCACCAUUAAAAUUGGCAUUUACCAAAGCUUGAAGAGAUUAUUUGUAGAACGUUUAGAAGAUGAAACUCUUCUAAUUAAUAUGAUCUGUGGGGUAGUGUCAGGAGUGAUAUCUUCCACUAUAGCCAACCCCACUGAUGUACUAAAGAUUCGAAUGCAGGCCCAGGGGAGUUUGUUCCAGGGCAGCAUGAUCGGCAGCUUCAUUGAUAUAUACCAACAGGAAGGUACCAGGGGUCUGUGGAGGGGUGUCGUCCCAACUGCUCAGCGGGCUGCCAUCGUUGUGGGCGUGGAGCUACCGGUCUAUGAUAUUACAAAGAAGCACUUAAUAUUGUCAGGGGUGAUGGGAGACACAAUUUUAACUCACUUUGUUUCCAGCUUUACAUGUGGCUUGGCUGGGGCUCUGGCUUCCAAUCCAGUUGAUGUGGUUCGAACUCGCAUGAUGAACCAGAGGGCAAUCGUGGGACAUGUGGACCUCUACAAGGGUACUUUGGAUGGUAUUUUAAAGAUGUGGAAACAUGAGGGAUUUUUUGCACUCUAUAAAGGAUUUUGGCCAAACUGGCUUCGACUUGGACCCUGGAACAUCAUUUUUUUUAUUACAUACGAGCAGCUCAAGAGGCUUCAGAUCUAAGGACUGAAUUAUAUGUGAGCCAAGCCCUGCCAACCUUUCUACUCUUUUCCCUUUUUCUGUGUUCUAAUGUAUUUUGACAAAGUUGUGUUUACUGAACCACUGGUCUCCCAGGAGCCUCCUGAUGGAAGAACUAUAGGAUGGUUCAAAAUUGUUCAUGUGUUUGUGUUACCAUGUUAACUUUUUCCCUGAGAGGAAGUGUUAACAUUGAGACUCUGGCCCCAGAUUGGUAUCUUCUAUGAAGAUGGAUACUGAUGGAUGACAUUCAACAUGGCCUUCUUUUCAAAUGUUGGUUAAAUGUAGUUGGUUAGCCCCAGACUUGGGCUAGAGCAGAAGGCAUAGGCCAGGGCAGUUACUGCUAUGUAUGUUUCAGACCUCGGUUCUCAUUAAAGUAUUUAUUGGCA